AUGGGAGUGGCCAAAAAACCAUGGUCGAGAGUACACGUGGACUAUGCAGGACCGUUUCUAGGGUCGAUGUUCCUAGUAAUAGUGCAUGCACAUUCAAAGUGGAUUGAGGUUUACAACACAGGGCAGGCAUCUACAAGUUUGGUGACCGUAUGUAAACUGCGACAAGCUUUUGUUCAACACGGACUUCCAGACGCGGUAGUCUCGGAUAAUGAGCCAUGUUUUACCAGCAGAGUGUUUUCAGAGUCCAUGAGGCAGAAUGGCAUCCAACAUAUCAAGGUUGCACCAUAUCACCCAGCUUCCAAUGGUCUGGCAGAGCGUGCUGUCCAGACAUUCAAGGCUGGAGUGAAGAAAAUGAUAGUGGGUACUUUGGAAGAUCGGAUUAGUCGUUUUUUGUUUGCAUACCAAACAACACCACACAUCAUUACAGGAGUAUCUCCAGGCGAACUCUUGAUGGUACGGAACCUCAAGACUCGCCUGGACUUGGUCAGGCCAGGGUUAGAGGAACGGGUAAUAGAUAGUCAGGCCAGGCAGGAGGAAGGCCAUGAUCGAACGGCGCGGGACAGAGUUUUACAAGCGGGAGACACCAUUUAUGCUCGAAAUCAUAGCAAGGGAGCCACCUGGAUUCCUGCCAAAAUAGUGGAUGCUACAGGGCCAUUGUCAUUUAGAUGUCAAUUGGCAGACCAAAGGAUAGUACGUAAGCACCAGGAUCAAAUCCGGCGCAGAGAACCGCCAACUGCUGUGCAAAAACAGGAGGCCAAAGCAGGAAACCCUGAUCAAGGAACUAGGUCAGAGAAAGAGGAUGUAGAAGCACCUCCAGAUCCCAAUAAACGACCACAACCGGAAACCAUUCAACCAGAUGAUCAACCAACCGGAACAACAGCUGGGGAAGUACAACUGCGACGAUCAAACAGAGUGAUCAGACCCCCGGACAGACUGGACUUGUGUAGUAAGUAG